AAGUGAACUGAUCAACCGGCUUGUACAGUUUGAGUUAACAAUCUGAGAGGUGCUCUGCUAUAGGGUAAUGCAUAGCACAAGGCAUGAGGUAAUGAGCUGACUGGAGCAGAAGGUGGGGGUGGUGUUCAAAUGACAGUGCUCACAACACCAGCCUGUUUCCCAUUUAAAUAUUUCACAGCAAAUGAAGUUUCUUUUACUCUGCCUUGAUGGAUUGAAGGAGAAAACAGAAACCCCAGGGUCUGUCUCCGCUGAGCUCAAUUUCACAAAAUCAUUUUGGGGGAAAAGGCAUGUGACAGAGAUUUGGAGCAGCAGCAAACUGUACGUUAGCACAAGAAUGAUAGUGAGUAUUCAAUACUUUACAAACAACCUUCAGAAAUCCAUGGGGAAACAGUUUCUCAAGUUUUGGCUUUGGAGUCCUUAACGCUCGGAUGAUGUUGAAGAUGAAUUCUAAUCUCAUCCGAAUUCACCAACCCCAGGCAUGUUCUAGAAAUGCCAUGUGAUCUCAGUUUGCAUGUUUCCUGAAAUAUUCAGCAUUUGAUAGUUUAAACAUAGCUGUGAAUAGAUAUGGCUCUUCGUACACUUGGAAAGUCUGUGAAGAAGGUCUGUGUCUUUGCUUGUGUCAUAAUUCCCUGCAUCUACACUUUAUUCUAUAAAGUGUUGUUUUGGAAAGAAGAUCUGUUGCUUAAAAAUAGAUUGGAUGGUGAGACCUUGGGAGUGCAAUUUAAUAUGAAUCACGACAAUAUGCUGGAGGUACUGAAUCAAGAUGACAUGCAGGAGGCAUUGAAUGGUGAGAAGAAUACAAGUAAUGACAAUGCCAAACAAGGUUCUUUUUUGACUCAUUUUGAGAAAGCACAGUCAAAUUCUAAAGUUCAUUUUGCUGACAACAGAUCCGGUAAGGCAGAAUUUCCUUUGAAAGAGAGUUCUGCUUUGAAGAAUCAUUUGCCUGCAUCUGCAACCACUAUGGACUUAACCAGGAGGACACAACAAGUAAAGACACAAUUAGUUACUCUUAUCAAAACUGCAAAAACAACCAAAAUAAACCCACUUUUUAAAAGUGAGUGGAUUAUUUGGAAUGAAGACAGCUCUUCAAGCAGUCUCAAUCACCGUCUACAAACUGUCAAAAACAAUUAUGUUGCUAUGAAUAAGUAUGCUGUGAAUUUCACUGGAACAAGAAGAUCAAGGAAGCUGAGCAGCAGAGAAUUGUUGUGUGAACUGAAACAGAGAGUAGAAGUGGCUACCAUUAAAUUUGGAGACGGGCCCUUCACAACAACCAAGUGGCAGGAAUAUUUACCGACUAAGAAUCUUUUCCAGGAACUUGGACACUUCCGGACAUGUGCUGUUGUGGCAUCAGCUGGAUCAAUCCUUAAGUCAGGGUUGGGAAGGGAAAUAGAUGCUCAUGAUGCCAUUAUAAGGUUCAAUGGGGCACCUACCAUAGGAUUUGAGUCUGAUGUGGGGAGCCGUACAACAAUUCGGAUAGUUAAUUCACAGAUUGUCACACUGCAAGAGCACAAGUUUCAUGAUAACAGUUUGUACAAAAUGGGUGUCUUAUUAGUGUGGGACCCGGCACAAUAUUCGGCUAACCUUACUGAGUGGUUCAGACACCCGGAGUAUGAAUUCUUUGAAAGUUAUACAAAGUAUCGUGAAAAGAAUCCCAAUCAGCCCUUCUAUAUUAUAAAUCCCAAAAUGCAAUGGCAGCUUUGGAACGUCAUGCAGGAAAACACGGCUGAGGAUAUCCAGCGCAAUCCUCCUUCCUCUGGAUUCGUAGGUAUCCUUUUAAUGAUGACCAUUUGCGACCAAGUAAAUGUCUAUGAAUUUCUGCCUUCACAAAGACAAACAGAUCUCUGCCAUUAUUAUGAAAGGUUUCAAGAUCAAGCCUGUACAAUGGGUGCUUACCAUCCACUGAUGUUUGAGAAAAAUCUGGUGAAACGUAUAAACCGUGGUUCAGAUAGGGACAUCUAUUUUCAAGGAAAAGCCACCCUUCCAGGAUUUGGAACAUUCCAGUGUCCUAAUUCCAAAUAAAUACAGCAUCGCAAACUAUGAGUACUUGGGUUAUUGUUCUGAAUUUUACAUAAUAUAAAAUCAAGUUUACUAUUGA